AUGGCUUCUCUCGCUCCCGGUCGGUGUUGCUCCAUGGGAGCCCUGCACGAAGGAACUCCAAAUGGAAGCUCCAUCGUGAUUGACGGUAACUUCGAGGCCUAUCUGGCAGUGCCUCCAAAGAGCAUAGAGUUACAGAGUAUAGGCAUUCUCUAUAUACCUGACAUUCUGGGCAUUUGGCAGAACUCGAAGCUCAUGGCAGAUCUCUUUGCUGCGCAAGGCUACACCUGUCUCGUUUUGGACAUUUUCAAUGGAGAUCCGGCGCCUUUGGAAAUGCCAGAGGAUUUCGACAUCAUGGGCUGGUUAUCCCAUGGGUCGAACGGAAACAGCCCCCACACGCCAGAAGCCAUUGAUCCUAUCAUAUUGCAAGGCUUGGCUCACCUAAAGUAUCUCGGCUUAGCUCGUAUUUGUGCUGUGGGAUAUUGCCUGGGAGCCAAGUACGUUGUCCGUCAUUAUAAAAAUGGCAUCGAAUGUGGCUUCAUUGCUCACCCAUCUUUUGUCGACGCCGAGGAGCUUGCAGCCAUCUCUGGACCGCUCUCAAUUGCUGCAGCAGAGAAGGAUGACAUCUUCACGACAGAAAAGCGCCGUGAGUCGGAGAUAAUUCUAGCCAAUACAAAUCACCGUUACCAGAUUAAUAUUUUCUCUGGCGUGGAACAUGGCUUUGCGGUGAGAGGAGACCCCUCAGUUAAAACAGAACGUUUUGCAAAGGACCAGGCAUUUCUACAAGCAGUUGCCUGGUUUGAAAAUUACUUUGAUACUCUUUAA